AUGACAGAUUCUGUACCGCGUCUGCUGCGGCAGCUGUGUGACCUGCCGCCAAUGGUGGUCAAGCAGAGUCAACAGUUUCGAUCGCUUGUAGCUUUGAACUCAGACAAAGCUGAUCUCUUGGCUGCCAUUCCAACAACCCAACAACAUUCUAUCACAUCUCUUCGCCUCUUAUGUCAUCUCCUUGAGGAAUUACCUGGAUCAUGGCCAGUCUUCCAACUCAUCAAGACUUACACGGGACUCUACACUCUCCUCCCAGAGGAUGCCAAGACAAACAGCAACCACGAGCUCUCUUCCCUGAUCAAGCAAGCUUCAGCGCUAGUCAAGUCUUCGUAUACAUCCUUUGCACAGUUCAUUGGUUGCGAUGACAAGGCAGCCCUACGAGCCCCCACAAAUGAGGAUGUCAUCACUCAUCACGAGCUACGGCAGUUCGUUGACAACUUCCAACUACCAGUUGAUGCAUCUGAUAAGAGACCUGUUGUUUCCAUCGCGCUGCCAAAUGGCCCGCUGUUAGCGGCAACAUGCAUCGCUGUUACGACUUACUACACUGCCUCACCGAUCAACCCUGCUGCUGGAGCGGAACAAUUUCGAGCGGACAUUCUUCAAGCGAGAGCGAAUUUUAUCCUAACAACGAAAGAUGAGUACACGAAACUACAGCUCGAUGCCCCUUGGGUGUCCGAUAACUAUAUCCAAGUCUUCAUCAUGGACUGGACUCGAGAUGAAGGCAUCUCGCUAAAGACGCUCGAUGGAGAAGCAGUCCCCACUGGCAACAGACAACGAGGCGCUAACAUGGCUGAUGACAUCGGCCUGAUUCUCUUCACGAGUGGAACAUCGGGUACCAAGAAGGUAGUACCACUCACAGUCCACUCCAUCAUCGCUGGUGUCGCUUUCGUCAUUGAAUCAUGGGGUCUCACAUCCGCCGACAUCUGCCUAAACAUGAUGCCUCUCUACCACGUAGGUGGCCUUGUUCGAAACAUCUUUGCGCCAAUAUUCUCCGGCGGCUCAACGGUUUGCUGUCCCUCCUUCGAUGCCAACCUCUUCUGGGAUGUAGCUGAGGCCAUUCAGCCGACAUGGUAUUACGCUUCACCUUCGAUGCACUCUAUCAUCAUUGGAGAAGCAGCCGCACGACCAGAAGCUUUGCAAAAGAGUCGAAUACGGUUGGCUUGCAAUGCUGCUGGUGGGUUGUUACCCUCUUUGGCAUACCAAUUGAGGGAUACGUUUAACUGUGUCGUGUUGCCGAGUUAUGGAAUGACAGAAUGCAUGCCCAUCUCUACCCCUCCACUAGACUACCGUCUCGAUCGAGAAGGUACAUCAGGUAUCAGCACCGGCCCUGAACUCACCAUCCUCGACUGGUCCGAGCAGAACGUCACAAACGGUACCGUCGGAAGAAUCUGUGUUCGCGGCGAACCUGUCUUCCCUGGCUAUCUCAAGACCGAUGGUACAUACGACAAGACACCUUUCAACGAGAGCGGCUGGUUCGAUACAGGCGAUCUGGGAUACAUGGAUGAUGAUGGAUAUCUUUACAUCACUGGACGGAGUAAAGAGGUAAUCAACCGUGGUGGAGAGUUGAUCUCUCCAUUUGAGGUUGAGAAUGCAAUCAUGACGGCUUCUCGGUCCAGUGACUCGUCUAUCUACGGAAGGGUUUCUCAAGCUCUGGCGUUCUCAGCAUCGCAUGAUGUCCUGCAGGAGGUCGUCGCUAUCGUUAUCGUCACACCUCCCAAUGUUCCGCGCGUUGAUCUGAGGACCCUUCACGGCGCAUUGAAGUCUUCACUUCAGCAAGCCAAGUGGCCUGUGUUGAUCACUUACAUGAACGAUCUUCCCAAGAACAACAACAAGGUGCUACGUAUCAAGCUUGGUCAACGCUUAGGACUUCCUUCUGUUACUGAUGAUACACCUCACAUGGGAAGACAUUGGGAUGCAGUAUGCCCUCCGGCUGAUACACCUUUGUCGGAGUCUAUUCAGUGCUCCCCUAGCUCUGUCGACUACACUAAGCUUGCGACACAUAUCCAGGCCAUUGUAUCAGAUAUCGACGUCUUCUGUCUUCCCAGCAGUCAUGAUGGUUCACCAGAAGCCGUCCUUGCGCCUAGGAAGGCUGAUGUUAAUGUGCACUCUGAGCUUGUCAACAACAUUCGACACCAAUUGGUAUCGACCAUCGACAACUACAUGAUCCCAAACGAGAUUCAGAUCAUGCCCCGACCAUUUCAGAAGGAUGCAUCUGGCCACAUCGACGUUGAAGUCCUCCAUGCAGAACUCGAGCAACUUCAGAUGGCUUCUAUGAAUGAACUUGCCGCUAGCACAGAAGGGCUCGUCACCAAAGCCUUCGCCGAAGUUUUAUCCAUUCCACCAAGCGACAUUCCCCGCGAAGCAGACUUCUUUAGUCUCGGUGGUGACUCGCUUCGCGCUGGUCGCCUUCUGUCAGCGCUUCGUACCGAGUUCAGCAUCAGUCUUCCCAUCACUACUGUUUUCAAUGGCGGUACUGUUACCUCCAUUGCUGCACACAUAGACAAGAUGCUCGACAGUAAGACCGAUGAUUCUGACGAACCUAGGGCCGUCAUCGGAUGUACCGAGAUUUGCAGUUCCACGAACCCCUUUCUCAUGAUACUUCAACUCUUCCCCCUCGUGAUCUUCUAUCCCUUCCGCCGCGCCGUUCAAUGGACAAUCUUCUUCGUCACCCUCGCCCACAGCCAAAAGCUACCCACCAACCAUUCCCUCCCCGGUCGUUUUCUCAACCUCACCGUCUCAAUGCUCAUCGCCCGAAUCAUCAUGGGAUUCGUAUCACCCAUCGUUGGCAUCAUCUGCAAGUGGAUCAUCAUCGGCCGCUAUCGAGAAGGGCUGUACCCGAUGUGGGGGAUGUACCAUACACGAUGGUGGCUUGUGCAGAAGAUCGUUGCUAUUUGCGGCAAGGGGUUCUUUGAUGCGAAUGAGGUGACUGAGCGGAUCUACUGUCGGCUUAUGGGUGCGAAGAUCGGGAGGAAUGUCAAGCUCGAGGGUACGGCUCUUGGAGAGUGGGAUUUGAUUGAGGUUGGUGACAAUUGUAACCUUACAAAGUGCAUCUGUCGACCUUUUGCUGCCGAAGGGAAUACUUCCAUGUAUCUUGGUCGCAUCACGAUUGGAGACAAUUGCUCCGUCGGAAUGUCUUCCAUCAUUGCGCCUGGUACCAACAUGCCGCCUGAUACAUGCCUGGGCUUCAACUCUUCGAGCUGGGAGAUGCAGGACGCGAGUGAGGAGUACAGAGAUCAACUUCCAAGUGAGAAGCCCAAGCCUCACUGGGUGUUGAAUGUUCUGUUCACUAUGCCCCUCAAGCUCAUAGGUCUGUUCCUUUCUGCUGUUCCUUGGAUGGCCGGCCUUGUUGGGAUGGUCACUACACAGGGUCAAAAGGUGAACCAUAAAGCUCCAUUGAGGAGCAGUGUGGACUGGUUUACCCAGCCUAACCGAAUUGCCUACCAUUACCUCGCGCUUGCUCUUGGCUGCCUUUUUGGUCCAUUCUUUCUUUUCGGGUUCGUCAUCUUGGCCAAGUCUGUACUAGACUGCAUCUUCGGAAAGAUCAAAGCUAGUUCACGAAAGGAAACGACCACGGUGGAUAUCUGGAGAGCGAACUUGAUCAAGGCACUGUUACCUGAGGGAAAGCUGCACCGGAUGACUUCUCUGUUUGGACAGCACUACGAGGCUACCUCAAUUGCGCUGAGAAUGCUUGGGGCCAAGAUUGGUCAGCGGGUUUACUGGCCUGGUACUGGUCCUAGUAUUGGCGACUAUCAUCUCGUCGACGUUGGCAACGAUGUCGUCUUCGGUUCGCGCUCUCAUCUUAUUACAUCUGAUGGUAUUGGUUCUGAGAAGGUCACCAUCCAAGACCGUGCCAUGAUCGCCGAUCGUGUUUGUCUUCUUCCUGGUGUCACAGUUGGUGAACGAACUACCAUGGGAUCUGGUGCCGUGACAAAGAGAAAUGGGAGCUAUGUCUCUGAUGGUACUUAUGUUGGGUCCAAGGCGGGCGAUGCAGUCUGUUUGUCAACCGGCAGUGACCACAAGGUCUCUCGCUCUCACAUCCGCAACAUGCAAUCGGAGGUUACUCUCACCAACGACAAGAAGUUCAGCGAUGAGAAAGAACGUCCUGACACACAGCCAAGCAUGGGUUCCGGAAGCGAUACCGAGGGCAGUGAUGGUAAAGAUGACUGGGCACAACAUCUCUCUCCAUUUGGUCGAGCUUUCUACCUGAAGUUGGCACCUUACCACGUCCUUGGUCCUUUCGCAAUCUUCUGCUACUCUGCCUUCUUUACAGUCUUUACCGCUGUCUACUGGGAUGUUCCCAGUGUCUCAUCCAUUCAGUUCGUGGGUGUCAUGUUCAGAAGCUCCUUUCCUAGAGGCAUGAACGUCUGGUUUGAUCUUGUCGCCAUCUUCUUGACCAUGUUGGCUGGUAUCGCCGUCCUCUCCACGAUCCAAUCCGUUCUUGCAUUGGCUAUAAUCAUUGGAUCAAAGUGGUUGCUUAUGGGCCGUCGCAUGGCUGGUAAUUAUGAUUGGGACAAGUCGCCAUACUGUCAGCGCUGGCAGAUCUUCCUCGGAAUUGAGCGCCUUCGCCGGCAUUGCUACAAGGGUAAUGGUAUACUUAACCUUCUUACUGGAACACACUGGAUGGUGAUCUACUUCAAGCUCAUGGGCGCCAAGAUUGGAAAGGACUGCGCACUCUUCGUCAACGGUACCCCAAGCCUCAUGUUCACGGAGCCUGAUCUGAUUACCCUUGGAGAUCGUGUUGUCGUCGAUGAUGCUAGUGUCGUUGCACACAUCAAUACACGUGGAAAGUUCGACUUGAAUAGGGUUGAGAUUGGUGAUAGGUGUGUACUCCGAACUGGGAGUCGGCUUUUGAGUGGUGCGCAGAUGAAGAGUGAUAGCUGUUUGCUGGAACAUACGCUUAUCAUGGGUGGUGACGUUGUCGAGGAGAGAAGGGCAAUGCAGGGUUGGCCGGCGGAGGAGCUUAAAAAUCUUCUAAUCGCCAUCUCAGUUUUGACGUUUUCUACCGUCGUCUUUUUCGCGCUACAUACAUCGCCUCACGUUCCGUUCCGACCAAAGAACAUUCACAAUUCAUUGGUUUCAUCAGACCCGCCGCCGUGGCCGCCGCAGCCAGCUGAGAAUAGUCGAUAUACCGAUAGGCUUGUUAAUUUCAAACCUGAACACCCUACGUUCAGCGAGGUACCGCCCAUAGACGACAAGCGCCUCGCCGUAUUGCUGCCAACCUUUGAUGGACAUUUCCCCCAAGUCUCUCGAUACUUCCAAUCUGUCAAGUGCCUCUGUGUGGAUCAUGACAAGGUGGACUGGCACAUCAUUGUAUCCAACUCAGCGGAAGUUGAAGGCCUUACUCAGCUACUCUCGACACUCGAGGCCUGCAACCAGACUUUCAGUCGGUGGAAAACACCAAAGGACAACGUUCCUGGGAAGAAUCCCAGCUUCAAUAUCGUGAACCUCUAUGACAUCCUCCCAGCCAGACUACGGACGGACCUUACACCUGAAGACACCAGCGCUUUGUUGAAGAAGUUUGACAAAUAUGCUUAUCAAUCGAUUAAGAAGAUGGCUGCAGCCGAUCAUUUUGAUUAUGAUUUGGCUAUGUGGCUUGAUUCCGAGGCGAUAUUCGUUGCCCCUGGCGAGAUUAGAGACAUCUUUGAAGGCCAUCUGCGUAACCCCAUCGUCUGGCGAUCCAGAAUGUCUUUUCAAGAGCGCGAGAAGUCGUUGAUGGGCAAUGCAGCAGCCACUCUAGGGCGGUCCAUUAAUUCUUUUGGUGAUCAACUUUGGUUGCUGGAAUCCCUCCAGUGGAUCAUUGAGAAGCCCAUAUGGAAUGACAUGGUCUUGUCCAUUGAGAUGGCUCACGGUGGGAACUUUUGGGAUAUUUGGAUUAAGAACUCUUACCCUUUUGAAUUGCUGGUAUAUUACCUUCAUAUUAUUGCACGCAAGAUGGAAACAGUUAAUUCUAUAUUUUCGGAUUAUCGCGUUCUGGAAACAGAGCGUGAGCUUAUUCGCUUUGGAUUAGCAGAAUCUAUCUCAGCCAUGGAGGAUAGAAGAGGAACAGGGUUUAUGGAAAGACUCCCUCAUCUCAUCAUGAAACCGCAUUCAGUUUUAACGCCGAACUUGGUAGCAUUAUGUAGGUGCUAUUCUCUUCGUGCGUUGCGAAUGGAUAACAUGGACAACUUUGAACAGAGUGCCCUGGACAGGUUUCUCAUUGAUGGAGACAUCAAGAUGUUAGUGUCAGGAGCCCCAGAUAUUCACAAGUGGUGGGACGACCGUAUAAAGAAUGGUGAAACUAUUAAUAAUACAGAAACUAGUUAUAGUUAAUUAAAAGGUAGUUAAAUAUUUAAAAAAUGGUUUAGGC